GGUUAUGUAGAUAAAUCAAUGAACGUGAACUGUGUGGAAAUUAGUAAUUUUUCUUAAAAUUCUUGCGAAUAUUUGUUUUAAAGGAUAUUUAUAAAUUUUCUGGUGAAAACAGAAUAGAUUAUCUUAGCUGUUACCAACAGAAGAAAGAGUAUAUAUUAUUUAUUGGUGUGUUGAUAUUGACGUAAACUUUAAUGAUUGAUUUUUAGAAACUUCGAUCUAAAUUUUUUUAAACGGACGAAAGCUUAUAACUUACUAAAAUGGUGAAAGUGUACGGUCUGGGUGUGCUGUAUAAAGAUGUAAAUAGUGCCACAAUUCUAAAAGCUGCAUACGACUUGCAGAGUUUCAGUUUCUUUCAACGAUCCUCUGUACAAGAGUUUAUGACAUUUGUUAGUAGAACAAUUGUUGAAAGGACUCAGCCUGCUUCAAGGCAGUCAGUGAAAGAAGGUGAAUAUAUGCUUCAAGUUUAUGUUAGAGCUGAUAAUCUCGCGGGUGUCCUCAUUUCUGAUCAUGAGUAUCCCAAUAGAGUGGCACACACAUUAAUCACUAAAAUAUUGGAUGAGUUCUCGGCUAAAGUACCAGCAGCCUCUUGGCCUACUGGAAAUGAAACUACAGUGGAUUUCCCGCUAUUACCUCAGUAUUUAGCUAAAUAUCAAAACCCAAGAGAAGCUGAUGCAUUAACAAAGAUACAAAAUGACUUGGAUGAAACUAAAAUUAUUCUUCAUGACACAAUAAAAGCAGUUUUAGACCGAGGUGAGAAGUUGGAUGAUUUAGUUGAGAAGUCGAACAGUCUCUCAAUGCACAGUAAAGCAUUCUAUAAGACUGCUCGGAAAACAAACAGCUGUUGUAACUUCUAGGUUUAGUAAUCUCAUAGAUGUUGUUGUUAGCUUCAUUCUUGUGAUUGUAUUUAAUGAGGAUGUUAAUUAAAUAUGUUUACUUUGCAUAUAAAUGUCUGCAGAUAUUUCUAUUUCUAUAUCGAUUAAAUUGUUAAGUAUUUAUUUGUUUUUCAUAAAAUGUGGAUACUGAAAAUUGUAAUGUAUUUUAUUAACAACCUCUAUGCCUAAUUGUAUUCUAUAUUAUGUAAACCAAAACUUAUUGUUACAAAAUAUGGUAUGUUUAAUGCUUAUAUAUUAUAUAAUAUAAUAUUGUAAUAUUAAGGUAUUGUGGAGAGUUUUAAAUGGAUCUAGCAAUAAAAACCUUAUUGUCCGUGUUUAUAGAACAUUGUUAGUGUAUUUGAACUAUUUGGAUAUGUAUAUAUGCUUAAUUGUUUACUGUAAAAAACCUAUACUGAUUUGAUAGAUUGAUUUAAACAUUAAUUUGAAAUGAAAGCAUUAAUGUAGUAUGUCCACUUACACAAGAGAAUAUAAUAUUGUUAUAAUUAAAGCAUUUGGAAACACAGAGCAUACUCCCACCUUAAAGACUGGCAACACAUGUCUUGACCCCGGUUUUGCAGAUGUUCAUAGACGGUUGCCUCAACACUCCCCAUCACAUGAGCCUCUAGCCUGUUUGCCCCCCUUUUACAUAAAAAAAUGUGGUUACUGUGUGUGCAUGUAUUUAUUUAGUUCUAGUUAAUUCAAUGUUUUUAUUAACUUGCUUCCUUGAGUUAAAAUAUUUUUUAGAUUUAGUUUCAAUCUAUUUAAGAUGUUGAUUGAUGUAUGAAAUUAUUUUACAUCUUAAAACACCAUUUGCGAAAAUAUAAUUUGUUUUUUAACUUAGUGUGUGUAACCAUUGCGUGGGAUGUUGAUUUGUAUGUUCUCAUGUAUAUAUUAUAUAUGUUGAUUUGACUUUUAUCAUUGCGGAACUUAAAUAAUGUUAUUAUUAGUACAGGUACUCACAUAAUUAUAUUAUUAUUGAGUUGAAGCUGAUAUUUCAAUCCAACUGCAUGAAUUGUGGUCACUGCAGAACUGCAGAUGUGGCGAGAUUUGUCAAGAGUUUUAAGAAACUGGGGUAAUCCACGGUUUAAAUAAUAAUAAUGUAAUAUCUAAAUUACCUUAUUCUUUGUUAAUUCAAAAUAUAGGUGACUAGUUAAAAACAUUGACUUUUUGAAGCUUUGAAAAUAAUUAACUUUAAUAAUUAAAUAAUUAACUUUAAUAAAAAAUAGUGUAAUGGUCAUGUUUUGAUGGCUAUAUUAAACAAUAUUUAUUUAUUUAUUUAUUUAUAGGACAACCAGUAGUUGUUACAUUCUAAUACGCUUAAAAUAUAUCAAAUAUUAACAAAUAAUGAGUUGAAUGUACAACAAAUUAAGGUGUCACAACAUGCACAGAAAACAAUUAUAUAAAAUAAAGCAAAAAUUAUAAAAUCAAGAUAUGAAUUUGAAAAGAAGGAAAAAAAAGAAGAAGAAGAAUAUUAAUCAUAUUUUGGCGCCUAACAAUCUCGUAAUAUUUUUUUUAAAAGCAGGUAAAGAAUCUUUAAAAAUAUCUACUUCACCACAGAUGGAGUUAUAAGUUCUUGAUAGACGUGGUAUGGGAGAAAAUUGCUUAAGGUUAGUUUUGGCAAAUGGCUGAUGGAACAGGCCAGCUCCUACCUGCGCACGCCUUGGUACUCGGCGGGGAACUCGUAAGCUGAUGGAGUGCACGAGUGAUGGACUGUCGAACUGAUUUCUAAUUAUUUUGUAUAAAAAUAUUAGAUCUAGCAUUUGUCAUCGAACAGAAAGACUUCAAGUGGCUAUCAUUUAAACACCUGAACAGAUUGCCAAAAAUUUGUAAAUAUAAAUUGUUAUUAAAAUAUAAUGUUUUAUAUUUUAAAUUUGAAUGUUAUUGAAACUUUCAGUCUUGAGAUCAUCUACCGACCUAAAAGUAUUGGUUGAAAUGUGAAAAAUGAAACUAUAACGUUUUGCUAGAUUAUUGAGAAGUUCUGUAAUGCUGAACUAAAAAUUAGUUGACAAGUCACUUGUAUAUCUUGCAUUUACUAGUUAUUACAAUGUGCCAAUAACUGUUGACUAGAACUUCUAUAUCCAGCAGCUUAUUAGAAUUUUGAUGACUUUUGUGUAUAAAAAAAAAGUGUGUUGGGUAAAUAAUACCAAAAAAAAAACAAAUAUUUUUUUUUCUCACAUCAAUCACUAUUAAACUUAGAUGCUAAUAUUUAGAUAUUAAACCAGAUUAUUAUCUCUUUAUUUUUUGGGUUCUUAGUAUUAAGUUGAUAAUGCAAAGUAUAUAGUGUAUUAUUGUUUAAACAUGCUAAGUAUUGUAUAGUAGCUAUGUUAUUUGUAAAUUAAUGGCCAUACAAAUUAACUCGUUUGUCCUCCUUUUCCAAAAAAAAAAACUUGGUAUAUGGCAUUUAUUUUCUCAAAUUUGAUUCCUUAUACCUAUAUUAUAAAGUUAUAUCUAAAAAUAAUAUAGAAAUGUUGACUAUAUUGCUGAUAACACUCGAUGCUAUGAUAAUUCUGAAGUUUUCCGAAUGACAAGCUGCCUUGCAAAUAAACGCGGGAAACGUUAUACGUCAGAUUAUAGCAAUGAUAAGCAAACUGUCUAAUUGUUAACAUUUUGCAUAUUCUUGGUUUGUUCUAAGGCAUACCAAGUUUAUUUGUAAGGCCGUAAAUAUUUAGGAUGCUUAGGUGAUGCAGUUUGACAUGAAUUAUUGUGCUCAAAUUAAUUUUAAUCUUAACUAAUUCUGUUUUUUCUAAAGAGUGUAGCAAAUUAAAAGUAACUAGCUACAAUCUAAAUACCCAGUUUAAUAGUACCAUUAUCAACAGUCAAAGAAGUAUUCAAACCAUUAGAUACUUCUUUGACUGUUGUUUUGUUUUUAAAAUUCGAACAUUAGAAAAUUCUGAAAGAGCAAAAAAGUUUUUUAUAUAUUGCAUAGACAAUUUAGAAGUACGAGGUGAAAGUGUCUCUGGGAAAACACAUAAAACAUUUUCAUAGGAACCUAGUAUAAGUAUCAUUUAAUAACAACCAGAUUACAGAACCAGACCAACAGAACAUUACGAUCAAGUUUUAAUAAGGCAUCGAAAUAUAAAAUAAUAUUAACAUAUUUUGGUUCCAGUAAUUAAUUAUGAUAAAUAUAUUUAUUACCUGGUUGUAAAUUAAACUAUGUCAUAGCGCUGAUCGCUAUGUUUCUUUGUAACGGCUUAUAGAAAAUAUUAAUAUCAACAUACUUAGUUACAGACAGGAAGUGCGCCACUAAAAUAUAACCACCUUUGGAAGAUUAUUCAAUUUUAUUGCAUUUGUAGUACCUAUAUGCAUUUGAUGGUGUAAUUUUAUUUUUAAAUAAAGUAUUAUAUACCAAUA